AUGGAGAAAGUUAUUAAUCAAGUAGAUAAGAUUCUUCAUGAUGGAGCACGUAAGAAUAGUAAAGAACUAAACAAUGCACUCAUUAUGCCAUUUUCUGAUGAUUAUCCAUUUUGUACUAAUGGUGUUUAUUUCUACUGCGGUAAGAUGGGUUCAGGUAAGACAUAUGGUGUUAUUCGUCAUAUAAUGAUAACAGACCGCUUCACUAAUACUCCAUAUUAUGACUCAAUAGUUAUCUCAGCAACAUCAGGAACAAUGGAUAAAACAGCGAAGACAUUUAUGAGUCAAGUUAAAGCACCAGUACUGAAAAAGGAUGAUAAAGAACUUAUGCCUUAUUUAA